CCAGUCUGUGAUAGGCUACUUCUUACACCACUACAAGGGAAAACUACAUGGAGGAGUGGCGUAGUUCAGCCGUUCCUGAGCGCAAGAUGAAGAAGCAGAACGUUCGGACCCUGUCUUUGAUCCUGUGCAUGUUCUCUUACCUGCUCGUGGGGGCUGCGGUGUUCGACGCGCUGGAGUCCGAGUCGGAGAGCUCCAGGAAGCGUAUCCUGGAACAAAAACGCAGCGAAAUGAAGAGGAAGUAUCGCUUUUCCGAAGAUGACUACCGGGAGAUCGAACGAGUGGUUCUGCAGGCUGAGCCUCACCGCGCCGGCAGACAGUGGAAAUUUGCUGGAUCCUUUUAUUUUGCUAUAACCGUGAUCACAACCAUAGGUUACGGCCACGCGGCCCCAGGCACUGAUGCGGGGAAGGUCUUCUGCAUGUUCUACGCCGUGCUGGGUAUCCCUCUCACCCUUGUGAUGUUCCAGAGCCUGGGCGAGCGCAUGAACACCUUUGUGCGCUACCUGCUGAGCCGGCUCAAGCGGUGCCUAGGCAUGCGCCGGACCGAGGUCUCCAUGGAGAACAUGGUGUUCGUGGGCUUCCUGUCGUGCCUGGGAACACUGUGUUUCGGCGCAGCCGCCUUCUCCUACUUCGAGGGCUGGACCUUUUUCCACGCCUACUACUACUGCUUCAUCACGCUGACCACCAUUGGCUUCGGCGACUUCGUGGCGCUGCAGAAGAAGGGCGACCUGCAGGAGAAGACGCCCUACGUGGCCUUCAGCUUCAUGUACAUCCUGGUGGGGCUGACUGUCAUCGGGGCCUUCCUCAACCUGGUGGUGCUGCGCUUCCUCACCAUGAACACCGAGGACGAGCGCCGCGACGCCAGGGAGCGCGCCUCCCUCAAGAGGGGCCACCAGGGGGACAUGUGUCCCCCCGCAGGGAGUGGAGGCGGCGGUGGUGACGGUGACGGUCGGGAUGGACACGCUGCCCGCAGCCACAGCACCCUGUUCCUGCCCAUGGAGGAGGGCACCAGCCGAAUCAACCUCAUCCCCUCUCCGGCCGAGGAGCAGAACGACACCGAGCAUGUCCAGCGCCUCCACCUGUACCACCACCACCACCAUCACACGCCAUCGCGGCCGCCCCCGCUGGCCCUCCCGAGGGCCCGGAGCCGCUCGGGCCAGGGCUCCCUCUGCUCCUGCCUGUGCUACAAGCUGGGGAUAUGCGACAGCCCCCUGCCCUCACCACACGAGCACACAGGGGGACACAUCAACUCUGUCUAUUACAACUCCAUCUCCUACAGGAUCCAGAGUGGGACCCCCAGCCCCAGGGACAACACGGGGCUCUCUUCCCCAGGUAGUACUCUCUCCCCGGUCCACAGCUUCAGGGAGUACCCCCGCUCACGCAGGAAGUCCGUAUAGCUCACUGCAUUAGUGUUGUUUAUGUGUAUGUGUACAUACUGUAUAUUUUACAUACUGCACUGUACAUAUCACUAUAUUUUUAAUAUGUAGCAACAGAAACGGAUGGAAAUCUAUGUACAGCUGAACACAAACAGCCAAAUACUUUGCAUCAAGCUGUAUUCAGAAUAUUUGACAGUAUUUCUUUUCUUCCAAAAGCCAAAUGUAUUCUUCCUUGCAUACAUGAAAAUAUGCAUUUAUGCUUUACUCUUUACUCUCAAAUAGAUGUCAUGGACACAAAAUACCCUUUAUUUUACACAAGUUAAAUGCGGUCCUGGGUGAACAUGGGUAUUGUAUAUCAAUCUACAUGCCUUUCAAUUUUGAAAUAACAAUAUAAGCAAAUGGUAGCAAUGGCAGUACCAUAUGCUAAUCGACAGCACCCUGCUGCAAUAGAGAGAUCAAACUCUAGUAUUACAACCAAAAGAAUAGCUUCUUCCAUAGUGUUUCUAUCUCCUUGGCACAAGCCCUAACAGGGGCUGACUGGGGAGAGUCUUCCUAUUUGGGCUAAAAAGAUGAGACAUACUGCAUCACCAUGCUGCACACUCCUGUCAGAAAUGUCCUUUCAUAUUUAUGAGAGGACUCUAUGAGAAUAUUGAAGUUAGGUCACUGGCAUUAAAUUAACCAUCCACUCUAAGCACUAAUUAAUAACUUAUCUUGUCUUCUAAUUUUUCAUUGGUUGUGAAGUCUGCCCUGUCUCAGCACUGCAUGUUACCGUGGUCUCUAGCACUGAUCAGCGGGUCAUAUGCAGACAUUCUCCCUCACUAUGUAUUAAUGUGCACUAUUCAUUAAUGUACUUUCAGAGAUUGGUUUGUGACUGACCAAAUGUUGCAUGUGCUUGAUGUUAGAUUCCACACAUGUGAGCACAUCUUACGUUACUUAACAUAUUCUCUGCAAAUAGAAAACCUGCCAAUCUUCAGAGCAGCCUUGCAGCUUGUAGCAGUUCGGAAACACAGAUGCCAUAGAUGUCAUGUGCUGUUUAAAUGAAACACCUCUUGUAACGAGAGGCUGAUCAUAUCGCAAAACUGUCCUCGGACGAAUUAAAAUAACAGCGGUCAGUAAACAUCCGGACAAGAAUAGAACGCUCUUGCUCAGCAGGGGAGAGAUGCUUGUGCCUGUGCUCUCCUCAGAUGAUGCUGGCACGCUAAACCAGCUGGCACUGGGCAUCCUGUGUGGCACUGUGUGGCACACCUGCCAUGUUAUCCGCACUAGCUGAGAAAUGUUAAUGAGAGAGGGGGCACUAACAACUCCCCGAGCUGCGCCAGUGACAUUGAAGAGCCACAGAAGGAGCCUCAACCUGUGUUUCGAGUGUGUGUGUGUGUGUGUGUGUGUGUGUGUGUGUGUGUGUGUGUGUGUGUGUGAGGGAGAGGUGUGUAGGACUGAGCAGACAACUUCAUAAUGAGAUGGCGUAGUGGAGGAGCACAAUACCCCCAAGUAUUGUGCCCCCAAGGGGAGUUAAAGGUUUGAUGUGUCGU